GGGAGCUGUUCCAUGUAGUCAUCGGGUCAGUGUCGAGGCGGCGUCCGUGGCGGGCGCGUCGUCCCCGGUUGGGCUCUCCCUGCUGCGGCCGCCGCUCGGGCAGUCCGGGAUGGGGCUGGGCGGUUCCCCCCCUGAAGCCUUCGUCGGGUCGUUAUUUUUCCAGCAAAGCCGCUGAAAAAGGCCGGGUGGCUCCUCCCUUGACAAGCGCGUUGAGGUAACACCAGAGGAAGAAAACUACAGAAGCCUGUAACAUACAGUUUCUGAAGCGUGCACUGGAGGACCUCAAAAUGUCAGGAGCUUCGGUCAAGGUGGCUGUCCGGGUCCGGCCCUUUAAUUCCCGGGAAAUUGGCAAAGAAUCCAAGUGCAUCAUCCAGAUGCAAGGCAACUCGACCAGUAUACUCAACCCAAAGAAUCCCAAGGAAGCAGCAAAAUCAUUCAGCUUUGACUAUUCCUACUGGUCGCACACCUCGCCUGACGAUCCGUGCUUUGCAUCUCAGAAUCGUGUGUACAAUGAUAUCGGGCAGGAGAUGCUGUUACAUGCCUUUGAGGGCUAUAACGUGUGUAUCUUUGCGUAUGGCCAAACUGGAGCCGGGAAAUCCUAUACUAUGAUGGGGAAGCAGGAGGAAAACCAGGCAGGGAUCAUACCACAGCUCUGCGAAGAGUUGUUUGAGAAGAUCAAUGACAACAGCAACGAGGAAAUGUCUUACUCGGUGGAGGUCAGUUACAUGGAGAUCUACUGUGAGAGAGUAAGAGACUUGCUGAACCCCAAGAACAAGGGAAACCUUCGUGUUCGGGAACAUCCUCUGCUUGGGCCCUACGUGGAAGACCUGUCCAAACUUGCUGUCACUUCUUACACUGAUAUUGCCGACCUCAUGGAUGCAGGAAACAAAGCUAGGACGGUUGCUGCUACCAACAUGAAUGAAACCAGCAGUCGUUCCCAUGCAGUUUUUACCAUUGUUUUCACUCAGAAGAAACAUGACCCAGAAACUGACCUUUCCACUGAGAAGGUGAGCAAGAUUAGCCUUGUGGAUCUUGCAGGGAGUGAAAGAGCGGAUUCCACGGGUGCCAAAGGGACUCGAUUAAAGGAAGGAGCAAACAUCAACAAAUCUCUCACCACGCUGGGAAAAGUCAUUUCAGCCUUGGCCGAAGUGGAUAACUGCACCAACAAGAGCAAGAAGAAAAAGAAGACUGACUUUAUUCCAUACAGGGAUUCUGUGCUGACGUGGCUGCUUCGGGAAAACCUAGGUGGCAACUCCAGAACUGCCAUGGUGGCUGCUUUGAGUCCAGCAGAUAUAAACUAUGAUGAGACUUUAAGCACUUUAAGAUACGCAGAUCGGGCCAAGCAGAUCAAAUGCAAUGCGGUUAUCAAUGAAGAUCCCAAUGCUAAACUGGUGCGGGAGCUGAAGGAAGAGGUUACCCGGCUCAAGGACCUUCUUCGCGCUCAAGGGCUUGGAGAUAUUAUUGACAUUGAUCCAUUUGGAGAUUUCUCUGGAAGUGGAGGCAAAUAUCUGAAAGAUUUUCAGAACAGUAAGCACAGAUACUUGCUAGCGUCCGAGAACCAACGUCCUGGCCAUUUUUCCACAGCAUCCAUGGGCUCCCUCACUUCAUCUCCAUCUUCCUGCUCUCUCAGUAGUCAGGUGGGCUUAACGUCUGUCUCCAGCAUCCAAGAGAGAAUCAUGUCCACUCCUGGAGGAGAGGAAGCCAUUGAACGCUUGAAGGAAUCUGAGAAGAUCAUUGCAGAGCUGAAUGAGACAUGGGAAGAGAAGCUGCGGAAGACGGAGGCCAUCAGGAUGGAGAGAGAGGCUUUGCUGGCUGAGAUGGGAGUUGCCAUUCGGGAAGACGGAGGAACCCUUGGAGUUUUCUCACCUAAAAAGACCCCACAUCUGGUCAACCUCAAUGAAGACCCGCUCAUGUCAGAGUGUCUGCUUUACUACAUAAAAGAUGGCAUCACCAGAGUUGGCCAGGCGGAUGCUGAGCGGCGUCAGGACAUUGUUCUCAGCGGGGCUCACAUCAAAGAGGAACACUGCAUCUUCCGGAGUGAGAAGAGCCACCAUGGCGACGUGAUCGUUACUCUGGAACCUUGUGAGCGCUCCGAAACCUACGUCAAUGGCAAGAGGGUUAUCCAGCCUGUCCAGCUCCGCUCAGGAAAUCGCAUCAUCAUGGGUAAAAACCAUGUUUUCCGUUUCAACCAUCCCGAGCAAGCGCGAGCUGAAAGGGAGAAGACUCCAUCAGCAGAGACUCCCUCGGAGCCAGUCGACUGGACGUUUGCUCAGCGGGAAUUGCUGGAGAAACAGGGAAUCGAUAUGAAGCAGGAGAUGGAGAAACGGCUUCAAGAAAUGGAAAUUCUGUACAAGAAGGAGAAAGAAGAAGCGGAUCUCUUACUGGAGCAACAGAGGCUGGACUAUGAGAGUAAACUUCAGGCCUUACAGAAGCAGGUGGAAACACGGUCACUGGCUGCUGAGACCACGGAAGAGGAAGAGGAGGAGGAUGAAGAGGUGCCCUGGACUCAGCAUGAGUACGAGCUUGCCCAGUGGGCUUUCAGGAAGUGGAAGUUUCACCAGUUCACUUCCUUAAGAGAUCAGCUUUGGGGCAAUGCAGUGUAUCUGAAGGAAGGCAACGCAAUCAGUGUGGAACUGAAAAAGAAGGUGCAAUUCCAGUUUGUUCUGCUGACGGACACGCUCUACUCUCCGCUGCCUCCUGAGCUGCUGCCCCCUGAGACGGAAAAGAGCCGAGAUGACCGAUCUUUCCCUCGAACGGUGGUCGCUGUGGAGGUCCAGGAUCUUAAGAACGGAGCGACACAUUACUGGUCCCUUGAGAAACUCAAGCAACGGCUGGAACUGAUGCGGGAGAUGUAUGACCGGGCAGGCGAAAUGGCGUCCAAUUCCCAGGAAGAGACCGAGAGCACCAUGACUGGGAGUGACCCUUUCUAUGACCGGUUCCAUUGGUUCAAGCUGGUUGGGAGUUCCCCCAUUUUCCACGGCUGCGUGAACGAGCGCCUGGCUGACCGCACGCCCUCCCCCACUUUCUCCACGGCUGACUCCGACAUCACCGAGCUGGCCGAUGAGCAGCAGGACGAGAUGGAGGACUUUGACGACGAGGCCUUUGUGGACGAUACCGGCUCCGAUGCUGGGACUGAGGAGGGAUCGGAACUCUUCCAUGAUGGGCAGGACCCGUUUUACGACCGGUCCCCUUGGUUCAUUUUAGUGGGAAGGGCAUUUGUCUACCUGAGCAAUCUUCUGUAUCCUGUCCCGCUCAUCCACAGAGUGGCAGUGGUCAGCGAGAAGGGGGAAGUCCGUGGGUUUCUGCGAGUGGCUGUCCAAGCUAUUGCUGCGGAUGAAGAAGCCCCAGAUUAUGGAUCUGGUGUUCGGCAGUCUGGCACAGCUAAGAUCUCAUUUGACAAUGAAUAUUUUAACAAGACCAAUUUUUCAUCAGUUGCCAUGACUCGUUCUGGCUUGUCCUUGGAGGAACUGAGGAUUGUGGAAGGGCAGGGUCAAAGUUUGGAGGUCAUCACCCCUCCUGAAGAAAUCAACAGAAUGAAUGAGCUGGACCUGAAAUCCGGCUCUUUGCUAGACGGGAAGAUGGCCAUGGAAGGCUUUACGGAAGAAGUGGGUGACCACCUGAAGCUGGGCAGCGUGUUUACUUUCCGGGUGACAGUGCUGCAAGCCAGUGGAAUCCUCCCGGAAUAUGCAGAUAUAUUUUGCCAGUUCAACUUUCUGCAUCGACAUGAUGAAGCUUUCUCCACGGAACCUCUCAAAAACAAUGGCCGAGGGACUCCUCUUGGUUUCUACCAUGUCCAGAAUAUUUCUGUGGAAGUGACAGAAUCCUUUGUGGAAUAUAUCAAGACAAAGCCAAUCGUAUUUGAAGUCUUUGGACAUUAUCAGCAGCAUCCGCUCCAUCUGCAGGGACAAGAUCUCAACAGCCCCCCUCAGCCGUCCCGGCGGUACUUCCCCCCUCCCAUGCCACUUUCUAAACCAGUUCCAGCAACCAAGCUCAACACGGUGAGCAAACCCAGCUUGGGCCAGAGUGUGACCAAAUAUGACCUCCUGGUGUGGUUUGAGAUCAGUGAACUGGAGCCCACUGGAGAAUACAUCCCUGCUAUUGUUGACCACACGGGGGGACUGCCCUGCCAGGGAACCUUUUUGCUUCACCAGGGAAUACAGCGUCGGAUCACAGUCACUAUUAUCCACGAGAAAGGCAACGAGUUGCAUUGGAAAGAUGUGCGGGAACUGGUGGUUGGGCGCAUCAGAAACAAAGCAGAAGUCGACGAAGCUGCAGUGGAUGCUAUCCUGUCUCUGAAUAUUAUCUCUGCAAAAUACCUUAGGUCUUCUCACAGCUCCAACAGGCUCUUUCUUGAUAAGGAUAUGCCUAGGACUUUCUACCGCUUUGAGGCAGUUUGGGACAGCUCUCUUCACAACUCUCUCCUCUUGAACCGCGUGACGCCCUACGGAGAGAAAAUCUACAUGACCCUCUCUGCAUACUUGGAGCUUGACCACUGCAUCCAGCCAGCUGUCAUCACCAAGGAUGUCUGCAUGGUCUUCUACUCACGGGAUGCCAAGAUCUCUCCCCCUCGCUCGUUGCGCAAUCUCUUUGGCAGUGGCUAUUCCAAAUCCCCGGACUCCAAUCGGGUAACAGGCAUCUAUGAGCUAAGCUUGUGCAAAAUGGCCGACACUGGCAGCCCAGGAAUGCAGAGGAGGAGGAGGAAAGUCCUGGACACGUCUGUGGCCUAUGUCCGUGGAGAAGAGAACCUGGCAGGGUGGAGGCCCCGGGGGGACAGUCUCAUUGUGGAGCACCAGUGGGAACUGGAGAAACUGGAAUUGCUGCAUGAGGUUGAGAAGACCCGCCACUUCUUGCUGCUGCGUGAGAAGCUGGGCGACACUGUCCCCAAAUCCCUGAGCGACUCGCUGUCCCCCAGUCUCAGCAGUGGGACGCUCAGCACCUCCACCAGCAUCUCCUCCCAGAUCUCGUCCACCACCUUUGAGAGCGCCGUCACGCCCAGCGAAAGCAGCGGCUACGACUCGGCCGACAUCGAGAGCCUGGUGGACCGGGAGAAGGAGCUGGCUACCAAGUGCCUGCAGCUUCUCACUCACACGUUCAACCGUGAAUUCAACCAGGUCUACAACAGCAUCAGUGAUUGUAAGCUGUCUGAUAUCUCUCCGCUUGGACGGGACUCGUCAGUAUCGAGUUUCAGCAGUGCCACCCUGACGCCUUCCUCCACCUGCCCCUCGCUGUCAGACUCCAGGUGCAACUCCGUGGAUCAGAAGACUCCAGAAGCUAAUUCUCGCGCCUCCAGUCCUGGCGCAGAGGGCGAGUCGUUCCAACUGAUGCCAACUGUGGAAGCCUCUUACUUGGCCAGGGCCGGCAAAAACGAGUUUCUGAACCUUGUUCCUGAUAUCGAGGAAAUCAGACCUGGCUCCGUGGUCUCCAAGAAGGGCUACUUACACUUCAAGGAGCCACUUUCUCCAUCGUGGGCCAAGCACUUUGUGGUGGUCCGUCGGCCGUACGUCUUCAUUUACAACAGCGACAAAGAUCCUGUAGAAAGGGGCAUCAUCAACCUCUCCACAGCUCAGGUGGAGUACUCAGAGGACCAGCAGGCAAUGGUGAAGACCCCCAACACGUUUGCCGUGUGCACAAGGCACCGUGGAGUCCUGCUUCAAGCCAUCAACGACAAAGACAUGAAUGACUGGCUAUACGCCUUCAACCCCCUUCUCGCCGGCACAAUACGAUCCAAACUCGCGCGAAGACGCUCGGGCCAGCUGAAAUACUGAGUCCACGCGGAGCCCUCGUCCAGUUUUUUCCUCCUCUCUAACACGCCUUCAGAUAUAGACAAAGCGUUACAUCUCAUUUCUCUGUGAUUCUUGAAUUUUUCUCUUCUUGUAUGUAACCCUGUGACUUAACUUCCCUCGUCUCUACCUUCUCCCCCAGCUCUUCUCGCCCUUGCCCCGCCCUGUUUUCUUUUUUUCAUUUCUGUUUUCACCUGUGCUGAAAGUACUAUUAGUAGCAUGUGGCCAAACAGACAAAAUGAUACAGUGGAAAUUUAGAAAGGGGUGGGGGUGGGUGGGGGGGGCAUUGGGUUCUAAUUUAUCUGCACGACUUUUUUUAAAAAAAAUGGCAGGGGGGGAAGAAUUUUAUUUCUCUGGAUAAUCAUUUUUUUCAUUCCGAUGGACUUUAUCUCUGUGGUGUCUGUUGUCGAUGUCUGGAAUGCUCCUUGGCUUUUCUCCUGACUUUUGGUGAUCCGGCAGUAUCCAAAGUGCUGCUGCUUUUCCCCCUGCGGGGUUGCAAAAACAUCUCUUAUUGCGCUUAGAGUGGGACCAAGAAUAUGGAGUGUCUCUUUGCACAAGCAGCCCGCCUGUGAAUUUGGACAGCCUCAUUCCCCAACAUCCAUUGACUUUUUAAAAAUAGUAUUUCUAAGCUGCUUCUCUCCCAUUUGACUUCCAGUCGGCAACUUUGCUGCUUUCGUGCAGUGGGGCUUGGCUGAAAGGAGUUUUUGUUUGGUCAACGAGCCCCAGCACUUGAUGGUUGCACAGCCAGCUUGUCUUGGUUGCUUGACCAGUGAACACUGGCUACCAGAUCUCCUUUCUUUUGAACUGCUCCUCUUAACUCUUUGCACGAGAGACGUUUGUCCAUUUUGUCAAGGCGUUGGUGCCUCUUCCGCAGUCCUGGCAGGCCUCAGGUUAGAACAGCUUCAGAAAUCUUGGAGCCAAGCGGCUUCCUUCUGCCUCUGCAAGCACAACGCCGGUGCCUGACCCACCUUUGGCUUGGCUUGCUGGGCAGCCUGGGCUGUUGCUUUGGGGGUCUGAAGUUUCCCAUAACAGCAGAACAGUUGAAGGAGUGAAGCUGAGUGGGGGCUGUCCAGCUGCAGGGGUGGGAUGCGAGAAAGGGAGGUUCCUCUGUGUGCAGAAGUCCCAAAUCCUCGCACAUAGAUAAGCCCUUCUUGAAUUGCUGAUUUUCUUUGCGUUGAGAUUUUUUUUUUCUUUUGGAUUCACAGAUGUUCUUUUGUUCAGUCUGGAGCAGUGCAGCUCAAACACUGGCUUUCCUUCUUGCUGCAGAGUUUGAGAACUUUGGCCCCUCAACCCUCCGCUGAAAGUUAAAUUAUCUUCUUUGUGUGGUGAAUGCAUGCCCCAAGUCCCUUUUGGCCAGGGGGCACCAUCUCUGCCCCUUUCCAAGCCUGCUUUAACUUCUGGGGCUCACUUUAGCCCACAGGAGGGCCAGGUGAUAAAGCCAUGGAACACCCAAAGCACACUUGCUUGCCAUUCCUCCAUCGUAGGCGCAUCUUCCGAAAUCCACCCCACUGAGUCAGCUCAGGAAGAGAUCAGGUCAGGUCUGGAUUUGAACUAUCCUCAGUUCUGAAUCAAGACUCUCUGGCCUGUAAAUGCAGGAGGAAUAUCUUGUCAAGAAAGUCACUUCACUUCCUUUUGAGAAGUUCUGUUUCAGCCAUACCAGGUGAUACCUCUGAGCUUGCAAUUGCACUGAAUUAGGAAUGUCUGGGAGACGGGGGUUCCUUUCCUACACCCCUCCCUUUGGAUUCAGCCGGGGCUGAGCCUCCAGGGAUUCUUGUCACAUUUUUUAGAAGGUCUCUUCCUUGCUCCCUUGUUGGGUGUGGGAGGGCAAGAAAGGAAGAUUAUCUUAGAAGCCCCAAGUCAUCGAUCGGAAGGUGGAAGGCCUAUGUGUUUCUUUUGUUCAUCAUGCUGUGGUUGUGUAAGUCUCAGCACAGUGGUAAUAUAUAUUUUUUGUUACACAAAGGGCACACUAUGCGCUUGCCAGCAUGUGUGCUUGUGGAUACACAAACAAAGGCUGCUGUUUCAGGAACUCAGCAGAUUUUGUGAUGGUUAUUAACUGUGGUGUUGCGAUUCUGUGAGGAGCCGAGUCACUGCAGCUGCCACCUGCAGUGAUGCCCGAAGGUGGGAAUCUUUGUGGAACGAGAAGCUCCUACAAGCGUUUACGUGGCGAUAUUUAUGUGCGCACUAAGAUAACUUUCAUAUGUGUGUGUUCGUUUGUUUUUAACUCGGAACAAAACUAGGCCGGAAAGUCUUUGCUUUGGAGAGCUCGCUUGCCACGAGGGUUGGGAAUUGCGGCACCGAAUUUCUGCAAAGGUCCCUUUUAUCAGUGUUCUUCAGUUGACUGGGAUGAGCAAUGCAGGCCUAGAGAAGGUGCGGGCUUCUAUUCUCAGCCUCAGCCGUCCCUCGCCGUUUCAGGAAUAGAGCUUUAAUCUGCUCUGGGAACACUAAGCUAAUGCCUCACGCAGCACCUGGCCCUUGCAUGGACUGCCAGCUCUUCUGUGGUUGUUCAGAGGUUCUUGCCCAAACACUCUCCUGUCCUUUUCUGCUAAACAACGAGGAAUGCCUGUUUUCUCAAAGCAUCUUAAUUCAGCCCAAAGCAUCCCAGAAUCUGAAAGGAAAAAGCAGGCAGGGUGGGGGAGUCAGACUGCCAAUUGGCCUUCCUUCCUUGCAAAGCUACAGAAGAACCUCAAGAGCUGUGAGAAUUGGGCAGGUGGCCAAGGUCCUAGAGUCAGCCAGCUCUCAGGACCAACUGUUGGGGGCUCUGCACCGUGCCAUGGGCCAGCCAACCCACUGGACACGGGCCCUGACCUCAAACGGGAGUGCCACGUUUGGAUUCUUGCCUCUUAGGUUGCACCAGCAUCUUUCUCAAUGAAGGAGAUCCAUUUUAAAAUCAAAUAAUUGGGUCUAAUAAUGAGGUUCUCAAAGUCAAAGCUACAAGCAUGUUUUCGUUUCACCUGGAGCAUUCUGGACUGGUUCUUACUUGGAUUGCUUUAAAGAAACGCACUUUAGCUCUUCUGGCCAGUGUACCCUGUUCCAAGGAGACCGGGGAAGGGGCGGGGGAUCCAAACCGCUGGGAAGGUUUGGCCCAGUCCCUGCUCCCUUCCACACAUUCCCUGUGGUGUUCCAAAGCAAAGACUUUCCUUUUCUGCUGCUUUAUCUAAUAAUUUACAGGGAAUAUUUAAUUUUGUUUUAUAAAGUAAAUGUAUAUUUAUGCAUCUGUAGUUUAAUUGCACACUAAAACAGAACAAGUCUUUGGGCUACUCGUCCUUCAGCAUGUUCUGCGGUCGAUUAAUACUGUCUGCCUAUGCAUCCGUGGUACCGCUCUUCCUCAGCAUCAACAGCUGCUUGGAGUCUGAAGUCAUUCUGUUGGUUUAGUUGUUAAUCUGCUGCUCUGAAGACAACGGAGGACGCUGCUUCUGCUCUUGAAGUUGGUUGAAUGUACAUGAAAUAGGACUUCAAUUGUGUGUGUCUCGUGUCUCCCGCGGUGGCCAAGAGGGUCUGUGGCCCAACCUGUACUUUUUUUUUUUUUAACAUUGCAGGAAUGUAUCUACCUUUGUGCUUCCUCACUCAAACAGAAACAGCCAAUUUGGAAACAGAAAUGGAGACUUGAUUAUUUAGUUGUUCUGGAGGCCAUUUAUACUGUCAGGGUGCAGGUACACAAAGCAUGCAUUCAAAUAAUACUUGAACGGACUUAGAGGUGAGUUUAAGGCCAGUGUUGUUCGUUUAACAAGGGAACACUCAUGUAUUUGGGACACAGAAAAAGUUGCUUGGCUUUCCAUAUUCCUGUUCACUGAAAGCAUUCCAUAAACAUCCUCCUUCUUGGCCCAGUCAGCAUAAAUGGCCUUCUGGAAUAAAUCCAUGUUUUGUUUUGUUUCCCCCAAAAUCGAUGUCGCCCCGGUGAAAGAAGUGCGUUCACAACACUGUACACUAUUAAUUUCCGACUUUGGUUCCUCCAUGUUUUAUUUUGUAAAUAUAUCUGAUGUUUGGAGCUUGGGUAUACAAAAUGUAAAUACAAUUCAUGUAUUUGUACUAAUUCUGAUUCAUUUGCUGUAUAGCCUUUAGGUGUGCAAUGCAAAUACUAUCUAACUCUUGUGUAUGGUAACUUUGCACCACUGAACUGUUAGUGAACAAGGUGAAAACUAAUAAACAUGCAGCCUUUUAGGCCAUUAGCAA